CUCAUUGCAUUCCCCACGUGCUAAUGAAUUGUCAACUGGUGUGAACACAAAUAAAAAACAAAACACAUUAAUUGCCAUGGAAGUGAUUGUAGGCACCUAUGAGGAGUUCCUCCUCGGUUAUAAAUUCACAACAAACGAAAAUAACAGUUUCGUACAAUCAUUUGCGGAUAAGUCCCAUGCGGGUCCUUUAAAAUGUGUAGCAGUGCAUGGACACUUUGUAGCGACUGGCGCGACAGAUGACCGUAUCUUCUUGUAUGAUAUGCGUACGAGAAAACAAACAAAUAUAAUCUUAUCACACGAAGGCACCAUCAAUGCAUUGGCUUUUACGCCCGACAAUUCGCAUUUGCUCUCAGGAGGCGAUGAUGGACGUAUGAUUGCUACACGCCUUAACACAUGGACAACGGAGGGUAAUUGGAAAGCACACAAAGGCGCUGCAGUGAAUCAAAUAAGUUGUCAUCCUAGUGGAAAGCUCGCGCUGUCACUAGGUGGCGAUCGUGUGUUAUGCACAUGGAAUUUAGUGAAAGGACGUGUGGCAUAUAGAACCAACUUGAAAAGCCAUAGCACCAUAGGCAUACAACCCGACUGCUUGGCGUGGUCACCAACAGGUGAUUACUUCACUUUGUGCGGAUUUCGUGCUGCAGAGAUUUGGUCAAUAAAGACCGCGGAUGUUUUGGUUAGUCAUAAGACACAAGAAAAACCUAUAUGCGUUUGUUGGGUAGCAGAAGAGAUAUGCUUAGUUGGCAUGGAAAACGGAAAAAUUUUGUGGCUCGAUGCAACUGGAGAUGAAGAACAAGUGGUAAAGCAAACAGAAGCGCACGAGACAAGGGUAAAAGUGAUGGCUUUACACAAAGACAUCUUGAUAACGUUAUCAAGCUCCGGUGAAAUGAAAGCCUGGCGCCUGGAUAUUGACAAGCGAAAGUUAAGUCACUUAUGUACAACUAACAUAGGAUGCCGUCCAACAUGCCUUAGUAUUUUAGACCUAACACAGUUCGGCGAUAAUUAUGGAUUGCAAAAUGACGAUAAAGAUGACAUAAAACCAACAAAUGUAACAAUAAAAAAGGGUGUAAAACCACCAGAACGUGGUAUUGUAACUAUUGAAUAUGAUGAUGAGGAGGAAGAGGGAGAGAAAGAAGAAGACGAGAACGAGGAGAGCGAAAGUGAAGACAAUGACUCAGAAACAAAGGAAACCAGUCCUAGCCAAAAGCAGCAAAAAUCCAAUAAACGUAAAGCGAAGCACGUAGUAAAGGCCCAACCGCAAAAAAAGAAAAAACAAAAAGGACCAUUAUUGCAUAAGAAACCAAAUAAUAAAAAUAAUUAAUAUUUUCAA